AUGGACGCUAUUGAAAAGCGUGCCAACGGAGUCGCGCUGAGCGGGCUCGACGAGCAGCGGCUCCGAAACCACCAGCUCAGAAUGAUGCGCCGAGCGUGGCUCAAAGAUAUGAAGCCGUCUCCACGAGAGCCACUCUGGCCGCAGCACAACCUCUACUGGGGCUCCUCAAACUUCCUCCGCGCGAACUUGAACUUCACCAACUACUGGAAGCUCCUCUCCGACAAGCUCUUUCUCGCCAAGGGCGUCCGACCCUUCUAUCCCCAGGCCUUCUUUGACGAACUCUUCUACGGCCGGCUCGCGAACGUGCCCCGUAUGGCGCUUUGGGGAUCUUUCCGAAUGCUCAGAUAUGCCGUCCCUGUGUUUAUCCUUUUCUUCGGCGUUUCAGCCCUUUUCGAGGAACUCGCUCUCGCCAAAUUCCCUACCUGCUACGGUCUCUUGCCAACGGCUAACCGGCCACAGCAUUACGCGUCAUUCUUGGGAGUCUACCCAUCCGACAAGACCUUCACUACCCGACUUCGAAACGUCGAAUGGAACCACGACUGGAUUAACAUCAUGGUACGCCUCCAUCACAAAAUUAAUUAA